UUUCGUGAACUGUGAGGAAAAUGAGUUCGACUUCGAGCGAACAUCAAGGUAUAGCAGGCCAAUGCAACAUCUUGAAAUGAAGAUGAACUAAACUCUUAUAACGCAUAUAACGUGUUUCUUUCUAAUGGUUAUGACAACGUAAUAUUUUGUCGAGCUUUUUGUGAAUUCGUCGUCACAAAUGUUGGCAACCUUCUGAAGCGGAGGAACAGCACACAGAGAUCAUGUCAACAAAAAAGAGGAGCAGUGAAACAGAGCACCAUGAAUCAAAAAAGCUUCCUAUUUAUCAGUACAAAGACAAACUUGUUCAAGCUGUGGAGGAAAACACCUUCCUGAUCGUAACUGGUGAAACUGGCAGCGGAAAAACCACGCAGCUACCUCAGUACUUGUAUAAAGCAGGUCUUAGCAGGAAUGGCAGGAUUGGUGUGACUCAGCCCAGGAGGGUUGCUGCCAUCACUGUAGCCCAGAGAGUGUCCAGUGAGAUGCAGGUCAGGCUGGGCGAAGAAGUGGGCUACCAAGUGCGCUUUGAUGACUGCUCUACAAAGGCAAGUUAGGAAAAAACACACACUCU